CGUGGAAGCCGACUGAAUGCCAGUUAUUCUGCGACUUGUUGGUUAGUGAGUAAGAUAGAGGAUUUAAAAGAAUGAACAUUUUGAUGCUGGUACUUCAGAUGUUGCUGCAGGUUGUAGCUUAUCCAGAAGCACCGUGUGAAUUAAAAGGACCAACCCAUUACGACAUUUUCAGUACAAUUGUGAAGAUCCAGAUCUAUUACUGUUAUUUCUACGUAAGGGAUGAUAUUAAGUGUGAAGAUAAAUACGCUCAGACCGUAGUAAAUUUAACAAUCGAUAAUUAUUGUAUUACGAAAAGGAACUCAAAUCUACAUCCUCACAGUGGAAGAAUACUCGAUGCAAGUUCUGUACAAGAAAAAGUAGCCGUGUGUAAAUCAGUGGCACAAGCAAAUUUACUGGAAGACAGAGUGGUACUUUCAGGAAAUAGAAAGUGUCAAUAUUCGAAAGGAUAUUGCGAUUAUCAAAAUGAUUACGUGGUAUGGUUUCCAAAUGAAUGUCAAGAUAGACGCUACAUAUUCAACGGAUUCUUUGAUGUAUAUACAGUAAAAGACAAGAAGUACAUUCGCCACGAAAGUGCUAGUUUACAAAUAACGGAAAAUGUUGAUUUAUGCAAUCAGCAGAUGUCGAAAACUAAUCACGAAGGAGUUGUCGUUAUUCCCAGCGAUUAUAAAAACUUAACACAACCCGAUGUCUUCCUACCAAACUACAAAAGUACAUUAGACAGUGUUUGUAAAGUAACCACGAAAAAUGACUUCACUAAAUCUUGGUAUAUUUACAACUACGAAAUUAACAUUACAGUUUAUCACUGCCAUUUCGAUGAGAACAGUUCUUGUGUGAUGCCAAAUAACGACAUUUUAAAUAGAUGCAAGACUUUUUGCAGUACCGCUGCCUGUGAGGAUGUUAAAGUAUGCGAAAAAUCCCUAAAAGUCGAUUUAAAGGAAGACAUCGUCAAAGGACUGUCAUCAGCCUGCAAAUACAGUGAUGGUGAGUGUCCAAAGUCCAAAGCUUUUUGGUACAACAGUGUAAGCUGUGGCGAUAUAAAAAAAUCGAAGGGAAGUUACAUAGGAAACUGCAACGGUACGAAUUGCGUAAUUAAAGAUUCAAAUUCCAAGAAACUAAUCUUAACAGGAGAGGGAGAACUGUGCGGUGAAAAUAUCUGGUUCACCGAUAAAGACGGAAUUGUUGCUUCUGAAAAAGAACUACAGUUCGUGUCAACGACCGCAGCGGGUGUAUCGAAAAAAUUAUAUUCCGCUGCAGAGGACUUUGACGGUAUCAGAAUGGUCGUGAUUGAACAACGUAGAAACAUUAACGAUCUCAAAGCGUUAUUAAACUAUUUGCUGUUCUUCUUGCUCGUGUGCGUUCUGUGGUACAUACUUAGCGUAAUCGUAAACUGUUCUUCCCUAAGAACUGUAGGCAAGACAAGGGCUUCCAAGAACAAAACCUAUCUCAUGAAUUGUGUAUCUCAAAGUUUAACGAAUCGCUACGUGUUUUUGGGUUCGAAGGAGAGUGAAAAAAAUGGACCAGUGGUCAUGUCUAAACUGCAAGAAUCAGAGUUGUACGAAUCUAUCGAGGAUAGGUUAUAAAUGCAGAGAUUCUUAUUGGAGAAUUUUAUAAAUGUCUAAAAUGUUCAGUUGUCUACUAGAAACAAAGUUUAUAGAUUUAUAAUUGC